GCGCCACCAUGUCCUCCACGGAGAGCUCCGGCCGCACGGCAGACAAGUCGCCGCGCCAGCAGGUAGACCGCCUGCUCGUGGGGCUGCGCUGGCGGCGGCUGGAGGAGCCGCUGGGCUUCAUCAAAGUUCUCCAGUGGCUCUUUGCUAUUUUCGCCUUUGGGUCCUGCGGCUCCUACAGCGGGGAGACAGGAGCAAUGGUUCGCUGCAACAAUGAAGCCAAGGACGUGAGCUCCAUCAUUGUUUUGUUCGGCUAUCCCUUCAGGUUACACCGGGUCCAGUAUGAGAUGCCUCUCUGUGAUGAUGACUCCACCUCCAAGACCAUGCACCUCAUGGGGGACUUCUCUGCCCCUGCUGAGUUCUUUGUGACCCUUGGCAUCUUUUCCUUCUUCUAUACUAUGGCUGCCCUAGUCCUCUACCUGCGUUUCCACAAACUCUACACAGAGAACAAGCGCUUCCCACUGGUGGACUUCUGUGUGACUGUCUCCUUCACCUUCUUCUGGCUGGUAGCUGCAGCUGCCUGGGGCAAGGGCCUGACUGAUGUCAAAGGGGCCACACGGCCAUCCAGCCUUACUGCAGCCAUGUCUGUGUGCCAUGGAGAGGAAGCAGUGUGCAGUCCUGGAGCCACACCCUCCAUGGGGCUGGCCAACAUCUCUGUGCUCUUCGGCUUUAUCAACUUCUUCCUGUGGGCCGGGAACUGUUGGUUUGUGUUCAAGGAGACCCCGUGGCAUGGACAGGGCCAGGACCAGGGCCAGGGCUCCAGCCAGGAGAGCGCAGCUGAGCAGGGAGCUGUGGAGAAGCAGUAAGCAGCCCUAUCUGGCUACUCCCGAACUGGACAGCACCUCUUCAACACCUCCGGCUUCCAGGACCUCCCUCUUCCUCUUCUGCCAUCUCCCUUUCCUAUCAGUCUGGGCUUUGGACUUUGAGAUGUUGGAUAGGCACACAUCAACUGUCAGAAACCUGAGCAACCCUCCCAGUGGCUUCCUAUCUCUCCUUUUGCUGGAGUCCCUGAUGGCAGGAGCUUAGUGCUUCUUGCCUACUGCCAGGACCCAGGAAUCUUACUUAGGGUCCUACUUGUACCCUCCCAGCCUCUAAGUACCAACCUCUGCUGCAGGUGAGAGCUGGGGGCAGCAGACCAGAGCCCUGGGAUUGGUCCCUAACAGCCUUUGUGUAGUUGGGGGGGGGGUUCCUCAUGGUCCAUGUCCCAGAGCCCAGUGCUCCCUUACUUCUUUAGCCUCUGUUUGCCCAGAGAGCCUACCAUGUAUGAACCAGGGAGGCCCAAUAUUCUAGAAAAAAAGGGCCCUUAGAGGGUCCACAUGAGGCCUGGACUCAACUGGAGCAGAUAAACUGCAAGUGAGUUGCAACUUUAAGGAAGAAAGCCAAGAAACUUACUGGCAGAAGCUUUUUUUUUUUCUAUUCCCUGAGCCCCUCCCCCACCCCACCCCGCCACUGGGGCACUAUCCACCACCACUCUAAACUCUAUUUACCAUAGAAACUCCUUACCUUUCUCCCUGUCCUUCUUGGGUUUGAUCUCAUCUCACACUUGGGACACAAGACAGAGGCUAGGAGCAUAUCCAUUUCAGCCCCUGCCUCCCCCACCACUCAGCCCAUCUCCCUUCCCCAGCCUAUAGGGUCUGAGGCAUUCAAGAUCCUCUUUGAAGUCUGUCCAGGCCUUCCUUUUAUUCCUGUGGGGCCAGAUAGGGGCUUUGGAAGGGCCCAAAGGACCAUCAUGAGGCUGAGUUACCCAGAGCCCCAAAACAUGGAUGGAUGAGCCCAUUUCACCCUUACUCUCUGUUCAUACCCAUGCCCCCUGCCCCUGCUCCUUCUCUAGUUCUCAUUUCAUACUUCUCCUUCUCAGCUUUAUAAAAUAAUGUACCCUCCCCUUGGCCCUCCCAGUCCUCCUCUUCUUCUUCCUUUCUGCCAGGCUCUAUCCCCUCCCCAGUCCAAGGCAGGCCAAUGCUAUUGGUGCUUCUUCACUUCGGGACCCAGCUCCAUAUUUGUCUUGGUGUAUUUCCUCUUCCUAACACCUCCUUCAGUCCCUCUCUGGACCCCAAGGCCUGAGAGUCCUAACUGGGUAAGGACUACCUGCCUACUACCUAGCUCAAAACACCUCAAUCUGCCCUUGGCCCAAGGCUGCUCAGGAUGAAGAGGGAAGAAUCCAACCAUUUUCCAAUCCAGUGCCAACUGGCUGACUUAUCAUCCCAAAGGUGAAUGUGUCCUGUGCCAAUCUCUCCUCAGGAAUGAGUCAAUCCCCUUGAACCUCCUCACUUCCCUCAAUGGCAUCCAUAGUAAAAUGUGCAUUACCUGCAUACUUGGGGUUUAGGACCUUUGACUUAGCGCCAGUCAUUUCUUUGGGUCAGAAUUUCUCCCCAUUUGACAGGGGGAGUGUGAGAUUUCCAUCCCCAAAUUCUCCAGAGUUCUUCAGUAAAAGAAUCAGGUUUUUUGUUUUCUUUUUGGGGGAAAGGAUUUGAGGAGGGAAAAGAAGAGAUGGGAGUGAGAAUGUUCCUAAGUCUGAAACUCUCUGUCCUGAGCUGUUCCCAUGGUUACUCAAGAACAAGGUGGGACAGUUUUGUCUACAGCUCCAGAGACACAGAGAACAAAGGGGUGACUUUCCUUUCAUUUUUCUUCAAGCCAACCCCUGUGGGGGUCUGUGAGCAGCUUCUACUGGAACUUCGUUUGGAUUCUGUGUCUGUAUUUAUAAUUUAUUUGAAAUGUGAUGGAUAAAGUGUUCUCAUUUGGGGGCUGAAGUUAGCAGCUGGCCCUUCAGCUAGGGAAAGGGGGGAGGGAAUUCACACCUGCCAAGAACUCCUAGCCCAGAAUUCUUUGGGGGCAGAGAAGGUCCUUCCUCUUCCUAAGAAGGCUGGCUUAUUCUCAGCCAGAGAACCUUGAUUUAGGCUAUGGCCUCUGCAUGGCCACCCUAAGAGGAAAGGUCAGUUUAACUCAUUACUUCCAGAGGGCUGGUCUGGCCAAAGUGCCGAGGGCUGGUCUGGCCAAAUUGCCAAGGGCAGAGCUGUCCUCAUAGAACGCAUGUCCCCUCCAACCAAGACUUUCACUGCUUUGCCUAGUGGGUCCUGAAGUACAAGAAGGUGUCUGAUUUCUUCAGCUGCUUCAGGAGGCCAACAGGCAGGGCACUUGCCCUUUGCCCUGGAAGAUUCUGACCCUGCCAGGUGCCCACCUAGGAUCUUUCCUCCACAUGAGUUCCCUUGAACGUCAUGGUCACAGGUCUCCUAUUUUGGGGACUGCAGAUCAGGGGUGGGGGGAGAAUGUUGCAUGUUGUUUUCUGGUGCUUGUUAUUACACAUUUGAAUAAACAGUGCUGCAAGCAUUUGCCAGGGAGCCAAGACUGGAACCCUUCUGGGGAUUUUUCCCCCUCUUCCUCUCCCUUGCUUUAAGUUCUUGGACAAAUAUCAACAUUUCUACCAAGGUAUCAUUCCACUCUUUUCCUUUCUGCACCCCAAGUAAUAGAGUCUGCUGGCUGAGCAGUUGCUUCUAUCAGGCCCCAGUCUGGUGACAUCGCCUCUUUUGGUGGCACCCAAUUAGUCCAAAGUAACUGAGACUCAUUAGUAAAUUUGGAGCAAAUUCAAUAGGAGAAGGACAGUGGCUUCCACAAUGCUAUUUCCAUUUGCUCUGCUACCAUCUAUGAUAGCAAACAAGCUUCCUGUCACGAGUGGAGAGCCAUGCGCUCUAUUCUUUACUAUAGGGCUAUUGCUGAACAAAUUUGCACUUCCAUCUCGCUUCAGAAAGACAGUCACAUUGUAUAUUUACAUUCCUUAGAAAAAUGCACUUGGACACAAUUCUACAUUCAAUUUCACCAGGUUCCUGGAUCCCUUAGGGAUCUUC